AGUGACGUUAGGCCGACCUGGGCUCCUGGCUAGCAGAACGGAGGCGCUGCCACGAAACUCGUACCUGCGGCUAAGAGCAGGUCCAGUUCGUCAAGAUGUCCACCAUCCCAAAGCACUUCGGACUGACAGCCAGAGAUGAAUCGUUCAUGUUCAAAGAGCUUGAGAAAAUUCGCCAGAAGACCAAGAAGGAUUAUGAGCAAUUGAGGCAGAAGUUGGCCGCCAGGUCGGUUUUGGAUGCAGGUUCUGAGGAUGAUCUCCAGGACCAGGAGGCGGAAGAACGUCCGGGCACAGCAGGCAGCAGUUCGAUGAAGAAGAGGCACGUGUCCUGGGCAGCCAAGUCUCCGUCGUCCGCUAAGCCAUCCUCAGCCAAGCUGUCGUCUAGGGUGCUGAGCGGGGAGCGCCCCGUUGCGGCCGACCUGCAGGGGGCGCCGCACAGCGCGCGAGGCAGCCCUGGGAAGCCUCAGCCAUUCCGCCCGCGGGAAUUCUACCUGCGGAGCUCCGCGUUCCGGCGGUACCCGCCCUGCAAGGAGGCGCCGGCCAUCGCCCCGCAGUUUGGCACUGCCCGAUCCGUGUUUCUGCUGAGGCCGCGCUCGCGUCGGAGGAAGCUGCGCGGGAAGCCCCGGGAGGUGCCCGUGGCCAAGCGCGUGUCCAAGAGCCCCUCGCACGGAUCGCCCUUGAUCGACAUGUCCUCCUCCCGGUACAGACACGCCAGCUCCCUAUCCAGCCUGAGCAGUGAAGCCGAGGAAAACGCGCGUUUGCGCAGGCUGCGGAUCCGCACCCACUUCCAGCGAGAGAUCAUGCGGUGGCAUCACAAGGCCUCGUCCAGAUCCGGGCGUGAGGGGAGCUCCACGAGCCAGGGAACAGGAUCUUUCCAGGGGACACGCUACUUGCCCAUGAACAUAGAGGAGAUCAUCGCCUCUCUGCAGUCUGAAGCCCAACAGGCCUCAGACCAGACCAUCAAGGAGCUCAUACAGAGCAUCCUGGGCCAGAACUACGACAUCUCAAUGGAAGAUAUUUCUAUGAUGGAACAAAUGUACCUCAGACCAUCUCAGGUACAAAUCGAAGUACCCGAAGUGGUGGAAGAGAAAAAGUACCAGUCAAGUUUUAAGGAACAGCCAAUUGUGCCAAAUAUCUAUGAGGAGCUCCCUGAGACUGUGUCAAGCAUCUUCCAGGUAGAACAGGAGGAGGCUGCGGAAUGGAGAGCCAUGGAGGAAGAUAGCAAAGACGUUAAAUCUCAGGAAAUCCUAGACAUUGUACCACCCGAGGACUCCGGGAAACCUGCGGAUACCGUUCUUCCCACAAGCGAUGCAAAACCAACCCGGCGGCCAACUUCAGACGUGGAACCAACAGGAUUCAUGCAAAUCAGAGGAAAGGAAGUUAAGCCAACGUAUAAAAGUACACCAGCCAAGCCAAUGAAACCAAGAAUACCUGUGAGACUUGAGGAAGAUAAAAAACGAAUUAAAAAAGUACCGCAGCCUCCUUCCCUGCCUCAUCUGCAUGGCCUGUGCACCAUAGUCCCAGCCAUGGAGUUGCCUGUGGAUCUGCGCCUGGCUUCUCGGGUGUACCACACUCCCGACAGGAAAGGUCACAAGGCUUUGCUUGGCCUAUUGGGGUCGUCUCUUUUAGGUGACCACUGCAUUGAUGAACAGAGAGAAAGACUGCUGUUUGGUGUUCCUGCUAUGAGUGAGAUGCAGAAAUAUACUGGUGUCACUCCAGCGUCAGCAGAGGAAUUACCUGGAUCAGAGCAGACAAAUCAGCGGGAAGCCAAAAAAGCAAACCUGCAGCUCUCAGGAGAAGAAGUGUCUGCAUAUCCUGGAACAUCAAAGAUGUUUUGGAAUCUUACUGCACCCAAAUUCGCUAUUCCAGAAUCAACCAUGAGAGAAACUUUAUAUCCAAAAUAUGAGAGUGUUCAGACAAGCAGACUCUUAACUGAGAAACUAUCGGAAUCCCAGAGUGAGAUUAUUUUAGAAUCCUACAUCAAAAGAAGUUUUAAGAAUUUAAUAAUAAAAAAGUCUGCAUCAUAUAAGGAUAUCAAAAAAUAUUCCAGUCUACCAUAUACACGAUUAAAGAGAUCAAAGUCUGCAGUUGAGCUGAGGAAAAAAGAGAUCCCACCACAAUUUAUAAUGAAGGAUGACAUAGACAGCAACUUGAAGGAGCUGGCAUACCAGAGGCGGAAGCAGAUGGAGCGCCAGGUGGCCAAGCAAAGGGCGCUGUUGGACCUCCCCAUGAAAGAGAGUCUGGAAAGCCUGCAUGAGAUAGAAAGCUUAAAAUGCCUGUCGUUUUCUCUGGUUGAAGCAUCGCGGAAGGCUGGCAUUAGCUACAUUGUAUUUCCUAGUAAAAGGAAGAAAGUAUUGAAGAAAGGGUUUAAGUUCCAAAGGGUGGCACAAGUGUAUGAACAGCUCUCCAGGCCUCCGAAGAAAAUAGAAAGAUCAGUAUCCCAUGGAGUACUUCCUGGAGAGAGAAAGUAUUUCCUUAAAGUUCCAUUAUAUGAACGUCAAAUAAGGUGCCCCAGCGUACCCACACUUUUAAACUUUGACCAGUUUGUUCAAAGCAGAGGAGGAAUACCAGAAAAUACUGAUCCUCGGAAAUGGGUUCUCGAGCUAUUUGCUAAAGAGAGAUGUCAGAGGACACGCACACCAGUUGCGUUAUCUGUUCAAAAGAGUGCCCCAGAGCCAGUGAUAGAGAUCUCCAAACUGGAGUUAACUGAUUAUGUGAAGUGUAAAUUUCCCCCAGAGGUCAUUAAGUACUAUGAAUCUGAACUGGAGUUACUGACUCAAGAAAUAAAAAGUGAGAAAAAAAAUCCAGCAUUUGCGUAUUGUAGGCGUGGAGCUAUUUAUCGAAAACUGGGAAAGCUGCAAAGUGCCAUGAACGACCUGCAGGAAACCAUAUUUGUGGAGCCAUUGUUUCUAAAUGCCUAUUGGCACAGACAUUUCAUUUAUCUUUUCCAAGACAAAAUCAAUGAUGCUUUGGAUGAUUUGAAUUUCAUAACUAAGUACAAUAAAAACCAUGCAGAGGCGUACUUGUCAAAGGCAGAGAUUUUCAGGGAGAAGAACGAUAUUACAUUGGCAAUUCUGAAUUACAGUCAGGCCAUUAAGUGCAGGCCCAAAGAUGCUAGCCUCUACUUUAAGAGAGGGGAGAUGUACGAGAAGACAAACAAAGUUCUGGCGAUUGAUGACUUCUCGAAAUGUAUUUAUUAUGAUCCCAAAAGAUCAGACGCAUUAUGGAAACGUGGGAUGUUUUACUUUGAAAACGAAAACUGGAUGGGGGCCGUAUAUGAUUUUACAUCUCUGUUAAAACUUGAACCCCAUAAUUCUCAGGCAAGGACAAACCGGGGGAGAGCAUAUUUCAAAAGGAAUUUAUUCAGACAAGCAACCGAAGACUUUUCUGCUGCCAUCCACUCUGACCCCAACAACUGGCUAGCCCUGUACUACCGAGCCUGCUUAUUUAGAAAGUGUAGCCCUCAAAGAGCGCUGCAGGACUACAGCGUGUCAGUUCUUAUAAAUGAUGGCUACGAUAACCUUAAUUGUUUUCUACAUCGGGGUAUACUCUAUACACAAUUAAAGUUUUGGAUGCUGGCAGUUUGUGAUUUUGAAACUGUCGUUACUCUCGAAAGAACUGCUACUUUGGCUUACAUAAAUAUUGGCCUUAUAUAUCUACAACACCUGGAUAAUUAUACCGAAGCCUUUUGGUGGUUUACUGAGGCAAUUAGAGUCGAUCCUUUAUAUAUUCAAAGCUAUAUUUGUAGAGCAGAAACCUAUUCUAAGCUGCAUAAACUGAAAAGGGCAGUAGCUGAAUUAUCUCGGGCUAUCCAUCUCCAGCCUGAUGCAAUCCACCUAUACAUAAUAAGAGGACAGUAUCUUCUUAUGAUGAAGAGUUAUGAUCUUGCAAAGUUCGCUAUUUUUCAAGUAGCAGAAAUGAACAAAGGUGCAAUCGAGCUGUCCCCAAUACAGGAAGCACUCAUUUAUUCAUUUUGUGAAAACCAUGACAAGGCCAUUCAUAUCUUGGAAGGGGUCAUAGCCAAUAAACCAGAUAUCUCCACUUAUGCACUCUUGGCAAAAGCCCAAAUGAAGGCCAAAAGAAUAAAGGAAUCUGUGAGACUAUUUAAGAAGGCAUUGGAACUGUAUACAUUUUCUGACAAAGGACCAGAUGCCACUAGUGUUUCAGCAGAUUGUCUGUAUAACUUGGGUCUUUGUUACAUGGAGGAAGGCAAUUUUCAAAUGGCCUAUGAAUCUUUUACAAAAGCUGUGAGAGCAAACCCUGAUUUUGCAGAAGCCUUUUAUCAUCGGGGACUUUGUAAAGUAAAACUCAACAAGCAACACUCAAUUCUGGACUUCAAUCGGGCACUUACCCUAAAUCCCAAACAUUACCAGGCAUAUUUAAGUCGAGUAGCUUAUUAUGGUUUAAAGGGCAGAUACUCCAAAGCCAUUCUGAACUGUAAUGAGGCCAUCAGACUUUACCCUGAGAGUGUGCGUGCCUACAUCUGCAGAGGAGUUCUGAAAUACUACAACAGAAAUUACAAGCUAGCUAUUACAGAUUUAACUACAGCCGUCAACAUGGACAAGAACAGUUACACAGCGUUUUAUAACAGAGCCCUGUGUUACACCAAGAUAGGGGAAAAAGAGAUGGCUUUAAGAGAUUAUGGAAUUGUGCUGCUUCUUCAAGCUGGAGAAAGAAUAGCAUUAAAUACCUUAGUCAACCGUGGACUCAUCUAUACUGAACUAGAACAGUAUGGCUUUGCACUAGAGGAUUUUAAAGCGGCUUCGAUGAUAAGCCAGACUAGUGUGAAACUUUGCCAAGCUACAGCCAUGUGCCACCACAGAAUUAAAGAAUUUAAAGGAGCUGUUGAAUUCUUUACCAGGGCUAUUAAAAUUAACCCACGUUAUCUGGACGCUUAUAUUGGACGAGGGAAUUCUUACAUGGGGUAUGAACAGGAUAAAGCUAUGAUACAAGCCCAGAAGGACUUUCUGAGAGCGCUUCAUCUUGACCCAUCAAAUUUAAAAGCCAGAAUUAGUCUAGGCUAUAAUUUGCAGGCCCAAGGAAAAUUCCAGAAAGCUUGGCAACACUUUACUAUUGGCAUAGAAGCUAAUCCAAAGAACUAUCUAGCCUAUGAAGGACGAGCCGUGGUUUGUCUUCAAAUGAGUAAUUAUUUCGCUGCAAUGCAGGAUAUCAAUUGUGCCAUAAAGAUCAACUCGACAGCAGAAUUCCUAACAAACCGUGGUGUGAUUCACGAGUUUAUGAGUCAACAACAGAACGCGAUGGCCGACUAUCAAGCAGCGAUUUCUCUGGACCCCAACUACUCGCUCGCCUACUUUAAUGCGGGAAACAUCUACCUUCAUCACCGGCAGUUUUCUCAGGCCAGCGACUACUUCUCAACAGCCUUGAAGCUUAAUCCAGAAAACGAAUGUGCUCUCAUGAAUCGAGCUGUUACAAACUCAGUAUUAAAGAAAUAUGAAGAAGCAGAAAAAGAUUUUUCACGUGCAAUGGAGCUCUGUCCCCACUGGGCUGCACUGUAUUUUAACAGAGCAAGUUUCUAUAUCUACUUGAAGAAGUAUGAACUCGCUGAAGAGGACCUUGAUAAAGCCCUGUCUUUGAAGCCUGAUGAAGCUAUAAUGUAUAAUCUCAGAGCACAAGUCCGUGGCAAAAUAGGACUGAUAGAGGAAGCUAUGUGUGACUAUAACCAAGCCCUUGAUCUUGAAGAAUAUUCCAAAGCUAUGUGAAUACAGACCCUUGUGGUUUCUGUAGUAGGUUAAGUAUUUUUCUUCCUGAAGCUGAAAUAUAUUUGUUGUUUAGAAAUGCCAUUCUUGUUGUAUUUAUCACACUUAUUAAGUGGUUACUCUUUAUAACCACAUAACACAUUUUAAUACACUAAGUAUUAAAUAAAUUUUGUUAAAU